AGCAGGAAGUGAUCUAGACACAACAAACAUACAGAUAAACAAGAAACAUGGAGACGCCGGAGCUGAGCUUUACUCUCGCCUACUGGGUUUUUUGCCUGUGCUUUGUCUUCACUCCAAACGAGUUCCGUUCGGCCGGCCUGACCGUCCAGAACAUGUUCUCUUCGUGGCUGGGCAGUGAGGACAUGGGCUUCGUGCAGUAUCACACCCGCAGGAGCAGCGUCACUCUGCUGGUGCACUCCGGACUGCCCCUGGGUUACUACUUGGGCAUGUGUCUGGCUGCUCCAGAACAGCACAUGGAACACUUUCUGGAGGUGAGUGAAGGCUGGCAGCUGUACCUCCUGGUAGUGCUUACUGUGCAUGUGGGAGCCUGGACUCUGGUGCUGUACUGGUCCAUGUGGACGUGGGAGAAUCACCCCAUCAGCCGCAUGUUACAGACCCACACAAACCCCCCUCACACAGGCUGGAGGUUCCUGGCCUCCAGCCUCAACACAGAAUUUCGUCGAGUGGACAAAUUCACCGCUGGAGUUCACGGGGCACGGGUCAUUGUCACGGACAGCUGGGUGUUAAAAGUGAGUACUUACGGUGUGUCCAUGGCCCUGCAGAGCCAGUGCCAGCUCAGCGUGGUGCACUCCCGGCAGCACCAGAUGUCUCCAGAUGCGCCCUCUCCCACACAGAUCCUCACUCUGAGGGUGGACAGCAUCAACCGCGGUGUGCACCCUUUCCAGAUCAGGCUGAACUCUACAGAAUACUCGGAGCUGCGUGACAAACUUCAUGCCCCUAUUAGAAACCUGGCCAAUGUGGUGAUCUACCAAAGCGUCAGUGAGCUUUUUCUGGACACAUUCAGAGCUCACGUGCAGGACAACCCAUCAUACAGCCUGUCCAGAGUACAGGAGCUGGAGCCAUGUAUAGGCUGCAUGCAGGUCCCAGCCAACAUCAAACUGGUGCAGCUUUGUCAGUCUCAAGGCUCAGACAGUGACGGGGACUGCCAGCGCUGCCUCUGUCGGCCCAUGUGGUGUGUGUCCUGUAUGGGCCGAUGGUUUGCCAGUCGCCAGGACCAGCAGAGACCAGAGACUUGGCUGAGCAGCAGAGUGCCCUGCCCCACAUGUAGAGCCCGUUUCUGUAUCCUGGACGUCUGUGUGGUGACUUCUUAAACACGCCACCAGGACAUUUUCUUUUUUAAUUAAAAAUCAAGACUGCUGCUGUAAUGACUGGAACAUUACUUCAUAGUUUAUUUCUUUACAUCUAACUGAUGAUUUGCAGCUGAUGUGAUCAACAUUCCCUGGGGGUGUGAUGCUAAUGUAGGUACUGCUUUGUCUGAAGCUCUUGUUACUUCAAGUUAGACUUUAUUUUAACAUAGUCUGACCAAUAAGAACUGGCUUAGCUAGAACCACAACAGGUGCGCUGAUUUUGUACUGUUAAACAAGUCCCUCUCAAGUAACAUUUGAGCUAGUAUUGAUACAAAAAAAGUCAAAUUCACAGGAUAGAAAUAGCUUUAGAAUGACGUUGAGUAUAAGACCAUGGACCACUAUGGAACUUACAUGGAUGAUGGUGCAAUUACACAGAUAUAAGGCCACAUGCUAAUAUAAAAGAGAGUACUAUCAUGUAAUGCUGAAAAUCACAUUCUGUUGAGUGUUUUGUUAUCAUUUGGCACCAGAAUAGGUAUUAAGUAUCAAGCUACCAUUUUUUACUUAAAAAAAAAAAAUCUAAUAAAAUAACCUAUGUUAGCUUUAACCCAUUUCAACCCACCGGUCACAAAAUUGUGCUACUGUGUAUAUUUUUUUCAGUAUUUUCUCAGAGAAUAAAUAGCCAACAUGAAAUGUGUGCAAAAUCACAUGUUUUACAGCAAAUUGUCACAUGACUCAAGAUAGUUAUGUAAAAGUUACACUUUGAAAAGAGUCCAGAAAGUUCCAAAAUAAAAGUGUACU